AUGUCGCCCGAACAAGAUAUCCCCUUGGAGCAGAAGACCUCCAUCCAAAAAGACCAUGACCCCGAUUUAGGAGGCGAGACCGCCAAUGGCGAGACAUGCGAUGUGAUUCUCGAUCCAAAGAAAGAAAAGAAGCUGCUGGCCAAGUUGGAUGCAGCCUUUGUGCCAAUCAUUAUGUUGACCUACCUGUCCUGCUUUCUAGAUAGAUCCAAUAUUGGUAACUAUGAUUCCCCUGGGGAGGUGACGAGAGCUGACGAGGACCCAGGAAAUGUCAAGGUGGCUCAUAUGCCCGAGGAUAUCAAUGCAUCAGACAGCCAAUUCUCCACGGCCGUGUCAAUCUUCUAUGUCACCUAUGUUCUUUUCGAGGCCCCCUGGGCAGUCUUGAUGAAGAAAUUGACUCCGCGAAAUAUCCUGACGGCACUGUGCAUUGUUUGGUCAUUGACCACAAUCUUCACCGGAUUUAUCGAGUCGGUAGGCUCGCUCUAUGCGACUCGCCUCAUCCUGGGUGCUUGUGAGGCGGGACUAUUCCCCUGUCUCAAUCUCUAUUUAACAAUGGUCUAUCGCCGAGAGGAGCAGGCGAAGCGUGUGUCCUACUUGAUGAGCUGUGCUGCCAUUUCGGGCGCUGUGGGCGGUCUGUUGGCCUAUGGACUCCUACACAUGGAUGGCAUUGGAGGCAAAGCUGGAUGGAGAUGGGUCUACAUCAUUGAGGGUCUUUUCAGUGCCCUGUGUGCGAUUCUCAUUUGGUUCGGUCUGCCCAACGACCCUGCAGAGGCCUACUUCCUGACCGAGGAGGAGAGGUGGAUGAUGCGGGUGCGCAAUGAGCAGCGCCGCAAAUAUAUGGGAAGUGGUCAAUUCAGCUGGGAAGAGAUGCGUAUUGCUUUGAGUGAUCCAAAGCUGUUCUUCAGCGGCUUAAUCCAGUUCUGUCAGGAUAUCCUGUUGUACGGGUUCAGUACUUUCCUGCCAACUAUAUUGGGAGGCAUGGGUUAUAGCUCGUUGAUGAGCAAUGUCUUGACUGUGCCUGUAUACAUCUGGGCCGCAUUGAUCUUCGUUGCCAUCGCCUUUUGCUCUGACAGAUAUUCGAAAUUUGCUUCGUACAUCUUCACAGCCAAUAUCUUUGGCAUUAUCGGCUAUAUCCUGCUUCUUACCGUCAAGAACACCGCUGUUCAAUAUUUUGCGACCUUCCUGAUAGGAAUUACUACCUAUACAUCAGUUGGCCUGAACGUGGCUUGGCUAAAUGUCAACAUCGCCCCUCAAUAUCGCCGUGCAUUAGAAAUCGGCUUGCAGCAGACCAUGGGCAACUGUGCUGGCAUCGUGGCUGGCCAGGUCUAUCGCAGCUCGCCAUAUGUAUUAGGGAAUGCCUUUUCUUUGGGUUCUCUCGUUGUCUCCCAGUGUGCCGUGACCGGGUACGCACUAUACCUGAGACGGGAGAACAAGAUGAAAGAACAGAUUCUCUGCGAAGAAAGAGAAGACAAUCGACGAGUUCAAACCGGUGAUGGAGCAGUCGACUUCAAGUAUCUUUAUUAG